AUGGACUCGAGGGGCACCCCCAUGGGGACCGGAGCCCCGAGCUGGAACGACAUGUUCAACGAGACGUCUCAGUUCGAGGACUCGAUGCACGACCCGACCUUCGAGAACACCGCGUUUGAUGCCUUUACCAACGUGGACGCGUACGGCGAAUCCCCCAUGACCUACGCCAUGCGAACCCCCUCCAAGUCCGGCCCCGAAGUCUCCGCUGGCGCAGGCGCUCAAGUCUCUGCGUCUGCGGAGAGUUCGAGUCAAGAUUCGUCCUCAGAUACGUCGAGCAGAAGAAAGAGAAAGACGAAUGAGUCCGAAUCCCCAGUGUCAGAUCCGGUCACGGAAGUGGGCAGGAGGAACGGCAAGGUCAAGCAAGAGGAUACCAAGAUGCACAUGUCAGACGCACAUCAGGUGAAGAGUUAUGAUCAUUUCUCACAACCCAUGCACAAACUGUCGCUGGAGCAGAGCUUGAGCCACGGGGACAGCACCAUGUCUCAGUUCGACUUCGCGAGCGCAGCUUCGAGUCCUAUCCAGACCGGGGAAUUCAACAACGCCAUGUCGCUGGAUACACGCAUGAACAUGCCCGCGGCGGCGGGUGCUGCUCACUUUGCGAAGGCUUCUCCGGUCCAGACUAUUGAUCCGGGCAUGUUCUCGAUGAAUACAUCACGCGACCAGUCGCCAGCUACCACGAAUAUGAUGUUCAACCAGGCCUCACCGAACGCCAUCUUCUCGACGCCAUCGUCAGAUAGUCCAGACACGUUUAACAACCAAGCGUGGAAUGCCCAACUGAUGAAUCAGAACCCUGCGUGGCCUGGUGAUUUCGCGAAUCAGCUUACUUCGCCCGGAGCCAUGACCUUCACCCCAUCUCCUGGCGCGAAUGGAGGAACUCCUGGGGUUUCGAACAGAGGCACCGCACCACCUCUUGGUAAAUCGCCUCUUCACAUUGCCCCCAUCUCAACCAAGUCCCGCGUUGAGACUCAGAUCAAUGUCAUCAUGACACUUGAGAAACCGCCUCCUGGAAUAGAGCAUCUUCAUCUACCUCUUCAUACGAUUGCAAAGUCAAAGCUACUGGCGAAAGAUGAAUUCGAAAAGUCCAAGGUUCUGGAGCUCCAUACGAUGCUUGUGUGUACGUCUGCGAUGCACAACUCACAGCUCAAGGAGAAGGCGCUGCAGAAAGCGGCUGCGGCGAAUAAUGAGGAGAUUCAGCAUCGAGCAGAGCUGGCUCGAUCGACUGGGGAUGAUGAGAAGAACGAUCCCAAGAAUGUUGAGGAGGCUGACAGACCUGCGAAUGGAGGCGAGGUCAGAAUUUGCACGAAUUGCAUACAGCGAGAAAGAAAGCGAGCUGGGAGAAAGAAGACGAAGAGGGAGGAAGAGCAGCAGCACUGGGAAAGAUUUGAGACGGAGCGUGUGGUGGUCUUCAACUCUAACGAGUAUCUGCCUUUCAAGCCGCCUGAGAUGCAAUAUCCUCCUCGUGAGGGCGCCAUUCCGGUUGAAGGCGAGCAAUAUGUGCCUCCUGACGGCAGUCUCCAAGUGUCUGCUGCCAUGCGAAUUGCAUGCUACUGCCGGCAUCAAAGCGAGAAGGAGGGAUUUCAGGUCAUCUUCACACUCAAAGACCAACAAGGAGUUGUGAUCGCUCAGCAAAUAUCCGAUUCGAUUCUCAUUACCGACGACCACAAGACGCAUCCGCAAAGCUUUUCCACCGCUGUCCCCAGCGAGAGCUUCUACCAGACAGCCCCUGGAUUCCUCUCGUCGAAUGGGUUGCCCAUGUCACAGUCGAUGGUGGAUAUGGCGCAGCACGCUCAACCGUUCCCUUCGUCUCGUUCGGCAGGAAAUCUUCAAGCUCUGGCGUAUGGAGGAGCAGCAUUCAAUCCUCACAGCCACGUCCAUCAACUGCCUGGGUCUGGAUAUGCGUCUCAAACUACAUCGGCUACGAUGACUCCGACGAGCCUUUCCAGGCCUGGAUCGCCUACCAAUGCUGGACAAGCAGGUCCGAACAAGAAACGAAAGUCUGCCCAGUUCUCCCAUAGAAAGGUGCCGAGUACGUUGGCCAUGACUCCACGGGUAGACACGAGCCAACCGCCCUCAUCCAACAUGCCUUCCGCCGUGUCGAUGAGCUCACAGUUCUCGCCAUCAACCGCCACGUUCCCCAAUCAGGUCAAUCAGUCGUACAUGACUAUCCCUAGUAACAACGGCCCUGCACAUUACUACAACAGCGGACCAUCAACGCCGGCAAACGAGAACGGACCCUUCAACUUCAGUCAACCGGUGGACCUCUCACAGAUGCGCACGAACCAGGCGUACUUCUCCCAUCCGUCGUCUGCAGUACCUAGCCGGGCUGCGUCACCUGUGCAGCAGCAAAGCAGAGCUAACAUGGCGGCAUAUGCUCGUCAACAACAGCCUCAGCAGCCCAUACAGACCCCAACGAACUCGAUAUCUGGUAGACCACAGCAACAGAUGUAUGGAGGUCAUACCAUGCCUGGAUCUGGCGGUCACGAAUCACACGGCCCGUAUCCGUGUAUCACGAGGAUUACACCCAGGGAGGGACCUGCUUCGGGUGGUACUGAGGUUGCCAUCUUCGGGGAGAACUUCGUCAUGGGCAUGUCAGUCCAGUUUGGCGACUAUCCCAAUCUUGCCAACACUACAUUUGUCAAUCCGAACGCACUCAUUGCCAUUGCCCCUUCUGGUCGGCCAGGGCCGGUAAGCCUUACGUUGGUACCACCUCCUGGGCAGACUCGAUGGCCGAAGCCGGCUAGUCCUACGAUUUACCGAUACACGACCACGUCAGACCAAGAAGAGAUGAUGAUGGCAGCGCUGAAGUUCUUGAGUGAACAACAUCUGGGUAGUGUUGAUCACUGGCAGACUCUUGCUCAGAAGAGCGCUGCCAGCUUUGUGCAGUCUAGAAUGAACCCCGCUGGACUUCAUCAAGGGUAUCCUGCUUCGCAUCGAAUGGCGAGCAAUAUGGAUAACGAGGAGACGAUUCUGAAGGAGCUCGAGAUGAUGGAGGCUAAUGGGGAGUCUUGUCAGCCUGGAUUUGCCGCCAACAUGUUGUCUCUUGCCUGCUCGUCUGGAAUGCAUCGAGUGGUGUCAGCACUGCUUGGUUGUGGUGCUAGUGUCGAGGAGAGAGAUCACGCUGGCUUUACUCCCCUUAUGCAUGCAGCGCUGCAUGGUCAAGUCGAAAUCUUUCAGCUGCUUCUCACGAGAGGUGCUGAUGCGAGUGUCAGGAACUUGAAGGGUUACACUGCAAUCGACCUGGCUCCGUCCGAGGUUCGGAAUGAAUUGAUAUGCGUACUUGAGAGCACUCAACGACGUCGACACUCACGGCCUUCAUUGCAGACACGCUUGAGCUAUGGCUCAACCGCAUCAUCGAGAGCGUCUUGGGACAUCGCCAGCGCCUCGUUCUACGAGUCUGAGCCGACCUCGCGACGCCCAAGUACCAGGUCCUUCAUCGAGGAGGACAUACCUCCAUCAAUCGACGAUACAGCACCACUCUUCCCGUACGCCGCAAUGGCCGCAUGGCGAGACGCACUCGCGGCGCAGAUCCACCACUUCCAAGAGACGCUGCACUGGAACAUGCCACACUUCCAGCUCCCUCCUCUCCCGAACUUGACCGACUGUAGAAGGCUCAGCUCUUUGGUUCCCGGCAAGUCGGCACCUUCUGCCACGGAACGCCCACACCAACCACCUCUUGCUUCACAGCAUCAGCAGCUCCCGCUGACUCGUCAUCACUUCUGGGACUUCUUCUCAGCCUCGAGUGAAAGUCCAGCUUCGGCACCGACAGAGAGCAGCGCGCCGCCGGCAUACUACGAUAUUUUCCCGGAUCGGAAGCCGACGCAAGAAAGCCAGGAUGAUGGUAUGAAGUCCGCGGUGGUGGACGCUAUUGCGGAUGAGAAGUGCGCGGCAAUGUUCGAUGGAGAAGAGGCGAGCUACUAUUCAGCUAAUCACGCCCCGAACAAGACCGACGGGGCGGUCAUGCCGUCGUGGCUUUGGGUGAGUCUCGUGCGCGCGUUUACCAACAACCAGGGUGACCUCACCAGCUGA